AUGAAAAGACGUGAAGAAAGGCUUAAAUUGGAAAAACAAGGACGAAUAUCUAGAAAACGCAAGAAGUAUUUGCACGAAUCAAGACAUCUGCAUGCCUUGUCAAGGAUGCGCGGUAGGGGUGGAAAAUUUGGGAAAAGAAAUGAGUCUUCGCUGCUACCGCAAGUUCCGUCGACAACUGCUCAGUGGCCGAAGUUUCAUGUGCCGCAGCUUGUCCGGUUUCAAGUACCACAGUUUAAAGUCGAAUAUUCAUCAAAUAAGUUGGUUCAGCCUCAGCGCAAAGGUUUAGACGACAGUCAAAACCAACAGAGAGCUGUAACAUGUGGUAGAAAAAGGAGACCACGUGCUGCUGCUGCUAAAAAAUUUACCUUCUCCUAA